AUGUUUUGUUUUCUUUUCUUUUUAUGGAAUAGCCACCCAGCUAAACGAGUUAAACCAAAUGAUAAAGCAGAUGGCGAUGGGGUACCUUCAACAGCUGGACCUAAUGGCGAACGACUUUACGAACUUAGUAGAUUACGUUAUAUAUCGGUAAGCCAAUUUAAAGGCAUUAGUUUAACUGUUGAUCAAUGGGAAAAAUUAAAAACACUUAUUCAUCAAGUCGACAAAGAUUUAUAG